GGUUUGUUUACAAUUUGAACGACAUAUUCUGUACAACAAUAUCGUCUGUCGUCUGAUUCGGUAAGUUUUUACUUGUUUGUUUUGUAUUUUGUAUAAUAUGGCAGAAAAUAUGUUAAAUAUCGAAGACAUGGAAAUCGUCUUGGACGAAAGUACACCGGACGUCAUUACGGACGAGAUAAACUGUGCUGACAUGCACGAAGAUGACAUGUUUGAAUUGUUGACUGUUCAAGACAUAGAAACGCCUACUAUAGAAACUACAAUUGAAGUACCUACUGACACUUCAGAAAAUGAAGAACUAGCUAUUGUUUAUAAUUUGGAAGGUAAUGCUUUGCAAAGCUACGAAACGCACCAAAACCCUAGUACAGCACCCAUCAUGAACGAAAGUACCGCACAAACCAAAAAAACAUUGGUAGAGGACAAUAAUGAUGAAACAAUUCAUGAAGGACCACGUUCUAGGCAAAUGGGAAAAAUUCCAUUAGCCUUAAGAGGACUUAUUGGUCAAGCUAAGAUGUUUAUGCUAAAAAGAAACUAUAACAUGGCCAUUAAAAUUUGUGUUAACAUACUGAAAGAGUGUCCAAAUGCAUCUGAACCAUUUUUCACAUUAUCUGACAUUUAUGAACAAAUGGGUGAUAUUAAAAAAAGUUUAGAAACUGCUGUAAUUGGGAACAGUUUAAGUAGUGUUACAUCUGAAGAUUGGGUGUUGUUGGGUGAAACAUGUGAAUCUAAUAACAUGUUGCCAUUAACAGGUUUUUGUUUGACAAAAGCUAUACAAAAAGAUAAACGCAAUUUAGACUUGCAUAUUAAAAGAGCAUCAAUAUUGGAAAAACUAGGUACAGCUAAAAGUGCCAUGUAUGAGUAUGAUCGAUUGUUACGUAAAUUACGACCUGAUCAAAAAGAUUCAAUCACUACUUUAUCUAAAUUACUAAUUGAUAAUUUUGUUAAAAAUAAUAACUAUGACCGUGCAUCAAGUAUUUUCAUGCAUGUAUUUAAUUUAUAUCCAAAUGAUAUAAACCCCAAAGAUUUUGUUACAUGUUUAGAUUAUCUCAUUAAACCUAAAAAUUAUAAAAAAUGUCUAGAACUUCUUGUUGAAUAUUAUAAUCUUGAGUUUGUAGCUGAUGUUAAUAAUGAUUCAUCAAUAACAGAUAUUGUAGAAUGUGUGGUUCCUAUAGCUAUGCCAAUGUUAAUACGAGUCAAAGUGAUUGAGAUUCUGGUGCAAUUAGAAGCCUUUUCUAUACUACCACCAAUUUAUGAACCUAUUUUAAAUAUGACUGAAGUCAACAGUUACCAUUUAACUAUAGCUCAUGCUUUAUACGAUUCCAAUCAACAUAAACAUGCAAUUCUAUUUCUAGAAAAAUUAAUUAACUCUAAUAAUGAGGUAUUUGAUCAGCAUUCACUUAAGAUUAAAUAUUCUGAUUGUUUAAAAACGUUGGGACAUCUUGAAGAAGCUGUAGAUAGUUAUAACAAAUUAUUGGAGUUCGACCCUCAUCAAUUAACUGUUACAUUUGACUUGUAUAUGUCAUUAAAAAAGUUAAACAGAAUAGAUAAAAGUCUAGAAGUAUUAUUUCAGAAUGAUAUAGAAAAUCUAGAUUGCCGAUUAUUGUACGAAUACAUUUUGGUAACAUUUGAUAAAAAUGAUAUGUAUGAGCAUUGUUUAAAAGCAGCCAAUUUGAUGUUUUCUCGUCAUUGUUUACCUGUAAACUCUUUAAGAGAAAUAAAGUCGAUGUUAGCAAUACAAAAUGUAGAAAAUAGACAUGAUACUUUAUUAACAAUGAAGAAAAAAUUGUAUGGUUACCAACAUAAGAGUAUUUUAACUGUCAAUCCACUACCCAGUGGUGAAGAAGAAUGGAACGUCAUGAAUACCAUUUGUUUGAAGUGCAUUGAGAAAAAUGAUUACUAUGAAGGUUUAAAGAUGCUACUUUCAGCUAUGAACUCCACAGUACUAGCACCUUACAAUCAUCAAAUUGUUUUAAACGCCAUAAAAUUUGCAUACAAAGUUCGAGCGUAUAAAUUAGGUUUCAUGUUGUCUAGGUAUUUGUUGUUCAAAUAUCCCCAAGCACCACAAAUUUCCAAUAUAUUUUGUUUUCUUUUAAAAAAAUGUGCAGCAAAAAAACAAGCAAAAUUUAUUUUUCGAUUAGCCGCUAAGUACCCAGAUAAUAUUGCUCUAAACUUACUUGACACCAAUGUGUUCAAUGAUACUAAUAACUAUCAACUCAUAUUUUCAAGGUAUACUGAACUAUUGAAUAAAUUAGAAGAUAAAAGUAUGCUCUUCUUUAUGUUAGGAGUGAUUGUUCUCAGACUGUGCACAUUUAAAGUUGGUACAGACAGACAUAGCUUAGCACUACAAGGCAUUGGAUUUUUAAUGAAGUACAAAGAACAUAGAGGGGUUCAACACAGACAGGAAUGUUAUUAUAAUAUUGCCAGAGCCUAUCAUCAAAUUGGUAUGGCAGCAAAAGCCCUAUACUAUUAUAAAUUAGUUUUGGACACUAAACCAUACAACGAGGAUAAUUGUUUACGCAACGCAGCAGCGUAUAAUUUGCAUUUAAUUUAUAUGGAAUCUGGAAAUCUAGAAGUUGCAUUGAUGUAUAUUUGUCAUGUGCAAGUGUGAUUUUUUAUUGCUAUUUUUAGAUUUAUAAAUAUUAGUGUCUUUAAUUUUAUACAAAAUAUUGUGAAUAUUUAAUUGUUAUUAAGUUAAUUGUUAGUGUUCAAUGAAUAAAGCUCUGAAUAAUGUUAUA